GUGACCCCGGGAGCUGAGGGAGCGAUGGGGCCGCUCCGACUUGGGGUCGCGCUGUCCGUGCUGCUGCUGGCGGCAGAAGUGAUCCUCUGUCUAUGUGCAUAUGCACUCCUUGGGGACUGUGAAGUGAUGCGGUCUCCGCAGACGCCCAGGUCAAAGUACCGGGAUGAGCUCAGUGGAUCGGGCCAUGGAGCCAAUAACGCCAAGGCUGCGGGUGUAGUUCUGAGGCAGCCCCAGGAGCCCAAAGAGGUGUGGGGAUAUGUGGAGGUUCGCAGCAAGGCCCACAUGUUCUGGUGGCUCUACUAUGCAAAUAACCCAACCCAACACUUCACAGAGUUACCUCUCGUCUUGUGGCUUCAGGGAGGUCCAGGAGCUUCAGGCUGUGGAUAUGGGAACUUUGAAGAGAUUGGUCCAUUAGACAAAGCAUUUAAACCAAGAAAUACAACCUGGUUGCAGGCAGCCAGUAUCUUGUUUGUGGAUAAUCCUGUGGGCACUGGAUUCAGUUAUGUGGAUGAUUGCAGCCUGUUUGCCCAAAACCUUACCACAGUAGUUUCUGAUAUGAUGGUUUUUCUUGGAGAAUUCUUCAAGUGUAGAACAGAAUUCCAGACCAUCCCAUUCUACAUAUUUUCUGAAUCUUAUGGAGGUAAAAUGGCUGCUGGGAUUGCUUUAGAGCUGCACAAGGCUGUUCAAAAAGGGACCAUAAAGUGCAAUUUUAUGGGGACUGCUCUUGGAGACUCCUGGAUUUCUCCUUUGGACUCUGUGCUGUCCUGGGGGCCCUACCUUUACAGCACUUCUCUCCUUGAUGAUAAUGGUCUAGCAGAGGUGACUGCUGUUGCCAAAGAAAUAAUGGAUGCAAUAAAUAAAAAUCAGUAUGGGCUGGCUACUGAGCUCUGGGGCAAGGCUGAAGGUGUCAUUGAAGAGAACACAGACAAUGUGAACUUUUAUAACAUCUUGACUAAGGAGGUUCCAGAAGUGAAAUCAGAUGAACAAGAAAAUCUUCAUCUCAUGCGGCUUUACCAGCGCCAUGUCAGAAAAAUGCAUCAGAGCAGCCUCGAUGAGCUGAUGAAUGGGCCCAUCAGAAAGAAGCUGAUGAUCAUUCCUGACUGUGUGAAGUGGGGAGGUCAGUCCAGACAGGUCUUUGAGAACAUGGCUGAGGACUUCAUGAAGCCUGUCAUCGAUAUUGUUGAUCAGCUUUUGGCAGCCAAUGUCAGUGUUACAGUCUAUAAUGGGCAGCUGGACCUCAUUGUUGACACCAUGGGCCAGGAGGCAUGGAUCCGGAAACUGAAGUGGUCUGAUUUGGACCAGUUCAGCCAGAAAAAGUGGAAGGCGCUGUAUGUGUCUCCAGAAUCCACAGAGACAGCUGCUUUCCACAAGGCCUAUGAGAACUUCGCUUUCUUCUGGAUUCUCAAGGCUGGGCACAUGGUACCAGCUGACCAAGGAGAGAUGGCACUCAAAAUGCUCAGGAUGGUGACCCAGCAGCAGCACUAGGGGAGGGGAGCUCAGCUGGUCUGGCUUCCUACCCAGCACCAGGGCUCUGGAGGAGUGUGAAUCUGGGAUCCUAAGCCAAAGGAGGCAACAGUGGCUGUUUGUACACACAGCCUUCCUCAUCUUGCUGAUACUGAGCACAAGUGCUGGUGGAAAGGCAUUUUUUUCCUUGAAUGAGUUACUGCUUUUGAAUUUUUAAGCUGUGAUUUGCUGCCUUAACACUGUUCAUAAAUGACUUCCCGAAGGAAGUCCCCUGUCCUAAAGAACAAACCCCAAACCUUUGCCUUGGAAGGAUUUUGUGCUCUUGCCCUUCCCUGAAUGCUCCCUUGUCUCUUUGCACACCAAGAGUAAAACUGAUUUGACUUGAUUUGCGUUGCGUUCCUCUGGGAGAGCUAACCUGCUUCAUGAGGCUGUGGAAUGUUCCUUCCAUUGUCCUCAGGCUUCUGCUUGAGUCACCUCAUUGGCUGGAUUACAAACUGAAGACAUGGAAAUGCCAAACAGAGGACCUGUCCUAGAGGAAUCACAGUCCAUCUCAUCCUGCUGAGGUUCCUGAAUUAGGAUCCGGGUUUCUUCAGACUUCCUGUCCUAUGGAGAGAGAAAAACAUCCCCCAGAGGAGGAUUUGACCCUUUUCAUCUGACCAUUUGUUUCUUAUUUCCAUUCUUAAUGCUCACUACUCAAACUUUGCCUUUAUCCUCAACACCUAAAGCACAUCCAGCAGGAAUUCCUGCUUUUCUGUAUCCUGAAGCAGAAGCCUGUUAAUACCCUCUUGUACCAAUGAGUCCAACAGACAGAAGCUCUCAAAACCUUCUGGGUUUAGCCAGAAGGAAAGGAGCAUUAUUUGAACAAUAAUGGCAUCAUUCUGAAAGGAGUGUUUAAAAGAAGGAUAUGUUUAAAAGAAGGAUAUACAAAAUCUUUAUCCAUGUCUUUUAGAGAUUUUUUUUAAAGUCUUGCAGAGAAGUAUUAUUUUGAAACUUUUUUUUUUUUUAAUAAUACAUAGUCAAGAAGAGACUUGGUCAGACAUCAUUUGACUUUUGCUAUGGAGAAUGAAGUAGUUGUUUUUUAUUGGUGUCUGAUAGGAGGCACAACAGCUACUUCUAGCUGUCAGAAUCCUAAAUAAAUAGCAACCUCUCAAUUACUCCAGCCACUGAAACUGUCAUGAAAUACCUGUUAGCAUUGUCUUAGCAAGAACUGAGGCACAGUGCUGUGUGAGCACACAUGCAAUCAUCCAGCAGCUGCACUAUUGGCUCCUAAUAAUUGCUUUCCUUUUUCAUGUUCCCUUCUUGCAUUCUUGAACUUUAGCAAUGGGAAUCCACAUUUGGUUUUUUAAACACCUUUUUCAAUAAAUAAGUCUAAUUCA